ACAAACCAUAGCCUACAGUAGGCUACAGGUCAACAUAAACAAAAAGAGAACAGAUUAAAAUAGGAAAUGUCAACAAUUCCAUUUUCACAAUGAUUAAAACUUUCAUGCUUUAAAUUCUUCGCUAGAUGAUGUCAAGACUAAAUAUUAUCUAGAUCUUUAUAUCUAGAUCUCUAACCCUAAUCAUCUAAAAUUCUAAAGAGCUAUGAAUGCCAGAGUACUAAUACAAGUGUACAGUUUCUAAUAGUGAUGCAUAUAAUGGCAAGAAGGGGUGUUUUGAGUGCUAAAUUAAAUCAGACACAAGAAUAUUUUACUUGUGCAACUGAAGAUGGACUUCGGAUUUUUCACAUGGACCCACUAGUGCAAAUCAAUUUUGUUGAUGCUUCUAAAAUUGGAAGUAUUCGUAUUGCUGAGAUGAGAUUUAGGUCAAAUAUAGUUGCUAUAGUAAGUGGUGGCUCCAGACCAUUGUUUGAUGACAGAACAGUGAUUCUCUGGGAUCUUCAGAAAGAGACAGCUGUUUCUAAAAUUGUUGUCAAAGAACCAGUACUGGAUGUCAAAAUGACAAAUGACAGAUUAUUGGUCAUUUUGAGAAGCAGAAUCAUUCUCCUCUCUUUUCCUAAUGGAGAGACACUUUCUGAAAUUUGUACUAGAGAUAACCCAAAUGCUGUCUGUGCUGUGGCUCACCAUGCAAGAAAACUUGUGUUUCCAUCAAAAAAAAGUCGAGGAAGUAUUCAAAUUGAGGAAUUAGAUAAGGAUGACUCAGCACCAGAAAGUAAACCACCUUCUAUUGUCCAAGCACACAGCAAUGACAUAAUAUGCGCAGCCAUCAACUCAGCUGGCGACUGUAUCGCCACAGCUUCAACUCAGGGAACUAAUAUUCAUCUCUACAAUGUUCACACCAAAGUAAUCACCAAAUUGCGUCGAGGUUUGGACAAAGCCAACAUAUACUGUUUGAACUUCAGUAAAGACAGCAGUUAUCUCUCAUGUUCCAGUGAUAAAGGAACAGUCCAUGUCUGGUCACUAAAAGAUCCAGAAAUGAAUCCUGUGUCAACAUUGAAGCCCCUUGUGGGACUUCCCAGUGAAGUCAAGUCAUAUGCAUCUUUCACUGUGACAGCUGAGUGUGCUUGUCUGUGCUCUUUUGGUGUGGGGGAUGCUAUGUUUGCCAUUUGUAUGGAUGGAAGCUUUCACAAGUACAAACUGGGCAGAGACGGAUCACAGACAGAGACUGGCAGAAAUUGUUUCAGAGUGUCCUACGACAUCUAUCCCAAUUUAGGGGAACUUUAUGAUUAGAAUAUCGCAAGUGCAGUGUUCUUCUGAAAAUAAGCAAACACUUGUAGAGAAUGCUGGGUUUAUAAGUAGAAGCAUUGAAUUCAUAAAUAUUCUUUUAGCACAAUAAGUUUAUUUUCAAAUUAGAUUUUGAUCAUAUAUUCAAGUGUCUGUUCCUCUAUACAAUUUGAUUAAAAAUUUUAAAGUAACAAUUUCUUUACUUUAAAUGAGCUUUUUAAAAAAUUGAUAACACUUUAUUCUGUAAGUUUCUAAACUUUAAAAAAGUUUAAAUAUAUUAUUAGUACCAUUUUUAGGUCAAUUGACUAAAGCCCCCACUAUCCCUAAAACCCUUCUGUUUCCACUAUAAAGCUGUGUGUUGGGUGAUUGAUGUUCUGAGCAGAUGUCAACAUGUACAGACAUUACAUUAGCUUGUCAUUUGGCUGGCAUUUAAAUUUUUCAAUAUAUAUAUACAUUUGUUUUAGUGAAACAUGCCACUAUUAUAAAUACAAGGUGGAGUAACAUUAUAUCGCAACUUGUACAGUUUUUAUUCUAUCAAUGCUUAACUUUGACAGCUGUUGAAGGAUGCAUAUAUUCAAUUGUAUUUUCAAUAUUUCUGCACUAUUUUGUAUUCAUCUUUUGCUGUAAAAAAAUAAGUUAGAUUGACAUUGUAAAAACCUAACAUUACUUAUAAAUAUUUUAUUUUGUCAUUCUAUAAUGUGUUUGUCCAAAGUCCUCUGAGUUGUCCACACAUUAAGCCUUGUAAAGUUGUCCAUGAUUUUGAUACAUUCAAUGUGCAGCACUAGACUUCAUCUUGAAAAUUUGAUGUCAUUUUUUUUCUAAUGUUACUUGUUGGUUUUUUUUUGUUUGUUUUCAGAAUUUCAUGUUUCAGAUACUAAUACAUGAUUUAAACAAAACUGUCACUAUGUUUAAUGAAUCAUUAUUAAAAAGGUUUUGGUCUCUGUCAAUGAAAUUUGUUUUCUUUUGCAUUUAGGAUACAGUUUAGCAGUUUAACUUUUAGAAAUGUUUAGAAAAUGAACUAUUGAAAUUGACAAAAAUUAUAGUAAUGAGCAUUGAUGAACAGUUUUUUCUUUAACUAUACUGUAUGUACCAGUUGCCAAGCUUAGUUUUGGCUAUAAUUGUUACCACUGUAUAGUUAUAUUAAAAAGAAACAUAAUCAUUUACAGUUAAUCACUUGUAUUCCAGAGCUUCUAUUAAGAUCAUAAAAUAUUGAUACAUGUCAAAUUGAAGAAACAUCUCAAUCUUUAUAUAGAAAGGGUGCCAACUAUGAGGAUGUGAUUUACAUGCAGCUGUAUGAUUUUAAUGUGCACAUCUUUUUUUUUUUAUCCUAACACAGGCAAUUAUGGACAAGAAUGAUAACUUGUUGUUGGUCAACAUUUGAAAUCUUUGUUAUUGGUGAUUUUGUUUUGUUUUAAAAACAUUUCUACAGUGAGGCUAUGGUGUACAAUGGACAGAACUAGGACACUGGUCACUGUAGGAUGCUCUUCUCUUUUGUGUGCAAUAAAGAAAUCUCAUCAAAUUGUU